AUGGAGGCCGAGAAAACACCACCGACGACGACGACGGAGAAGAAAACGGAGCAAGUAGUGAAAGACAAUGAUCUUCCGACCAACAGUCCUUACGUGGACGACUCUGGUACCUUGGAAGAUUACAAGAUGAAAGCUUAUGGAGCCGAAGGCCACAAAGAGGUUAAGGCUGGUCUUGGAGGUGGCUCCACCGAUGCUCCUACUCCUUCAGGCGACACAACCACCGCCGCACCCACCGGUGCCAAAGCUCCUUGA